AUGCAAGCUCCUAGAGGUAGCCAACUAAAAAUUAAUGGAAACAUUGUUAAUGUUCCAGCAGAUGUUGUUAAUACCGUUAACAUGUUGCCAAGGUUUCCAAAUGAUACCAGCACAAUUAAAGUUAACCUUAAGAGAAGAUUGCAAUACAAAAGUUCAGCUAAAUCACUAAAUGUCAGACCAAAUAAAGUAGCAGAAGCUGCCAAAUGGCUUGUAAAUAAUGGUAACCUUUAUAAUGAUGAAGGUAUAACUUUCAAUGACACUUGGCUUGAAGAUAAUUCAAAUACUCAAAUGCUAUUUGAUGAUAGUGACAAUGAUCAAACCUCAGAGGGUUCAGAAAAUGUUGUGGACUGUAAUGCAGAAAGCUUGAACUGUGACACAGAAUGUAAAACCCAGCAAUCAUCAGCAUGUGAUGAUGAUGAACACUGGAGUGAAGACGAGGCAGAAAUACCUGCUGGAAUCACUGACACUAUGUUAACAUCUCCAGAUUUUGUCACUGAUCAUGAACGUCAGCAUAUUUUAAAUGUUGCACCUGGUGAGGGCAAUAAGCCUAUGAGUAUAUUUAGAGAUAAAUACUCAGAGGAAUUAGCAUAUCCUGGUAUAUUUCUUGGACAGAAGCGACCAGACAAUACAAAUAGACUAACCAAAGUCCAUUAUAGUGAAAUUUGUAAAUCUGAAUUAAGGAGGUCUGACCGAAGGGCUGCAAUGUGUGGGGAAAAUAGGUAG